AUGUGUUGCAACUACGGCAACUCCUGUGGCUAUGGCUGUGGCUAUGGCUACGGCUGUGGCUAUGGGCCCUAUUAUGGCUGUAGUUAUGGACCUGGCUAUGGCUGUGGAUAUGGCUGUGGAUACGGCUCCUGUUGUGGCUAUGGCACCAGAUAUGGCUGUGGCUGUGGCUAUGGCUCUGGUUGUGCAUAUGGCUGUGGCUAUGGCUCCCGCUGUGGAUAUGGCUGUGGAUAUGGCUAUGGCUAUUCCGGCCUAUGGCUCCAACUUCUGUGGCUACCGGCCAUUUUUCUAUAG